CCCGCUCUUUAUAGCUUCCUGCCAAUCACAGGAUGGACGUCGCACUGUAAACCGGAAGCAGCGUGGUGCUCCAGCUGUGAGAGUUCUCCAUGACGAUGGAUAUGGAAAGUAACGGCGACCAUUCAGAUGAAGUGAUGGAAGAGGAGCCAGAACAAAAUGAAGAUUACGGGAUUUGUCUUCCAAGGAGGAAAACAAGAGAUAAAGAUAUGCCUACUACCUCUACUAAAACAUCCAACGCAUGUUUUAAUCUCAUCCAUGAUGCUCUGUAUAAGAACGAAUGGCAGAGGGCCACUAGUUUUUUCAUCUCCUAUAUGCACAUCCUGGAGAGCCAAAGUAGUAGAUUGAUGGCGAACGCUCCAGAGAUUAUAUGGCGGCUGGGGAAUGAGAUCCUAUUGAACCACCCGAAGAGCAUGCCUGAAGACCUCAAUGUGUUUAGUGAAACUGUUAAGAACAUUGGUGUGAACAGUUACCUUCCGAUAAGCCUGGAGCAGGUGUACUCCCUUCUUUGCAACGGUCAGAUUGAGGAAGCAUACAGGACACUGGCUGCCACUGAGAGCUGGAGGUUUGGCAAGACUUCCAUCUCACAAAAUGAACUCCUGAAGCUGGUGCAAGCGUACAGAGCUGUGCUAGACUACUAUUCAUGGCUGGACAAAAGGGCUGCAGUUACUCAAAGUGAGAUGGAUUUAAAUUCUCAGGCAUCUGUCACUAAGGAUAUGAGUGGAUUCUUCAGACAAGCCAGCUUCACCUUCCAAGAAAUCCUCCAGUUUCCUGGAGUUUGGGACCCCUUCAUACUCAACUUUGUGAAUCUCCUGGAAUCCUCAGGGAAUGAAGAGGAGGCUGAACAGGUUUUGAUAGAAUAUGCCUACAACAAUAAGAACCCAGCUAACCCCAAUGCCCACGUAUACCUGUAUGAGUUUAAGAAGAGGAGAGGGGAUUCCGAUGAAGCACUUAUAAAAGUAUUAAAAAUUUUGCAUGCCCUGGUCCCAUCACACAAGCUUAUGCUGGAGUUCAGUAGGCUUCUAAGAAACUCAGGAUCAGAUGAACAUCACCAGCUUGCAUUGCAUGUUCUGUUUGACCUCCUGGAUUACUCGGGUUGGAAGGACAGUGUAGUAGCAUGGAGGCGUUUAGCAAAGCUGCUGAAGAAAACCCUAAAAUGUGGUCAGACAUCUUGGAUAUUGGAGGCGUGGAAUUCCAGGAGUGACUGGUGGCCUUCAUAUCACUUUACCCAAUUCCAAAAGAAGAAGGAUUGGGAGAAUUGUGUGGCACUCGCCAUGAGGAAGGCCUCUGUGGCUGCCAUGUUACAGGGACAAGACUGCAGUUACUUUUCAUCUGUAUACCAGUUGGGGGAUGACAGCCAGAGAAAAGACUUGGACCGGGUGAAAAGGUUUUUGAAGACGUGACUGGAAAUCCAAAUUUCUCCACAAUGUACUUGAUUGGAGCCCCUUCAGUUUUAUGCAGGGGAAGCCCUGCUGUGAGCCUGUUCUAAGGUUCUUCUUGUGAGGCAGAGCUUGCUCCCUGAUCUUGUGUGACAAAUAUUUAUUGGUGAUAUGUUUCUGGUUGCAUGGACACUUUCUAAAUGGAUUAAAGGAAUGCAAAGCCA